AUGAGUCAAGAAGUCAUCAAUGAUGUGUAUAAAAAGAUAGCCCGUGAAAAGGCCAUUAUCCAAGGCGCCAAAGAUGUUCGGGCUUCAUCUUCUAAUGUCAGCGUUCAGCAAAAAUGUGAUUCAAACAUUCGAGAGGCACAGAACAACAUCACAUACUUAGAAGGCAAACUACGGCAAUUGCGUGCCCGACAACAGCAAUCGGGCUCCGCUACUGGUAAUGGCUCGGGACUUGGUAUCUCUGGUGGCCCAGGAAUCAACUCAAUAGCUAAUCGCCAUCAACAUAAUGCUUCUAACACUAGCACGCUCUCCAACACAUCGGCAAAAUCGUCUUCGGAUUCAUCCUCGGAUCACACGCGUGGGGCUUUGUCUGAAGGAACCGACUAUGAUGAGAAGAACGAUCUAGCACCACCCCGUGCACUUACUGGUAAAGGUGAGUUACUUAUUUGA